CAACGCCAGGUAUAGAGAUUAGACAACGCACCCGACGAACGAGAGCUAGAAUUAAUUUUUAGUGGAAAAUUCUCCUUGGAAACUUCGAUCCGUUCUCUUCCCUGGAACACCAAAGAGGAAACUUAUUGUCCUGGUGGUCUCUCUACUAGCAGGGUGGAAAGACCGCCAAAGUACCCCAGUGACCACAGGGCACUGUAUACCCACUAUACGUCUAAUGUCUGCCACGCUAGGAUUCUAUCCAAUGUGGCGACUAAUUGUUUACGAAUGAGUCGAUCCUACAUAGACGUUGCCAUUUUUGUUUUGCAAAGUCGUAUUCAUGUUUUAUUGUAAUUUUGUAUAGGUGGAGACACAAACACAAAUUUUGUAAAUAAAAAUUCAUCGAUACUAAUGCGCUGAAGUCAAACUUCCGGUUUCAAGUGUUCAUUCAAUCGUUCACGUUCACGAUAUCGGGAUUGUUUAUAUUUCCCUUUUCUGGUUCUUAUAUCGGUGUAGGUACAAAAUGCCCAUGCGACGUUACAAAAAAGUUCCUCCCGUGAAGAAAGUAAGGGUGAUUAACCCCUUGACAGGGCGAUUUAUUACCCUUAAAGAGAAUAAGCGACAGACACAAGACACAGUUUCUGCUGCUCCUGCCAUGCAGCCACCGAUACCGACGCCACAGGUAUCCGACACAGUUCGUGCUUCUUGCUCUCAGCAGUCGAUGCCGUCGACAUCACGCAUGGAUGCAUCUGAGUUUAUGGCCGUAGAUUCAGAAAAUGGAGCUAGCAAUGGAACAAGCUCAUACUGGAAGAAAAAAGUAAAUGGUUCUGACAAAUGGGAAAAGAUACGCAAGGAACUGCUGGUUGUCCACACUGAACUGUGUGCUAUUGCAGAUCAAAGCCAGUGUAUCUGUUGUGAUUUCAAUUUGCCAACAAUCCGCUGCUUGGAUUGUGGCAGCCAUGCACUUUUUUGUGAGAAGGACUUUCUUGAGCGUCACAAGAAUGCUGUAUUUCAUAGCCCAGAAAUCUGGAAUGGACAUUGUUUUGUGCCAUAUGCAGCCAAAUUGCCUGUUCUUGUGCAUUGCAACCACAAGAUACCAAAUUGUGCAAAACGUACAAGGGAAAUCUUUGUAAUUGGAAUGAGAGGUGGUCCACAGCUGUUUACUUUUGAAUUCUGCUCAUGUGAGAGUGACACCAUUACACUACUACGCCAUCGCCUUUGGGGUUCUUCCGCAGAAAUACCAUCUGUGGCAUUUAAACUGGAUGUUAUGGAAUGGUUGCGUGCAUUAGUGCUUGAAUGCCAGGUGUCAGUAGACGGGUUUAUCAAUGCUUUGGCAACUCGACUUAGCAAGAUAGAGAACAUGAGCAGCAAGAAGGUUAAUGGAGUAUAUCAGGCCCUAGUAACUGAUGCAUUUACAAUGUACAUGCAUCAUAGUACCAGUUGCAGCACCAGCAGCACAUAGAUCCAGAUCUUGAUGAUGGAACUGGUUGUCCUGCCUGCCAUGUGAUCAAAGAAGGCAUCAAAGUUGAUGCAAAAGACUUUGCAGAGGAACGGACUGACUUGGUGCCAAGGGCCACGCGGUGUUGGCCUUAGCGAGUGACAUUGUCAGUUUGGCUACACUUUAUUUACGAGGAUAACAGAAUAAACAAAAGUUAUGCUUUGUUACAACAAGCACUUGGUCUAAUGAAAGGGGGGUGUGGAAAACUACUACAAAAAAAUUAAGGUAUUGAUCUGAAAAGACGCAAGGGCUUUUUGACACGCACACUUCCAAACCUUAAAAGUGAUUAAUAUGAACCAUUUUAAAAUAAA